ACACCUGUUAGACACAAAACGACUUUCCCUCAGUUCAGGGUGACCACACUCGCCUGCGUGGACAUAUUUGCUCUGCUGGAUAUUGAGCCCGAGCAGAUUCUUCAAAGGGCCCGUGAAGAAAACAAAAGAGAAGCACCAUGUCCAACGAGGGAGACAAAGCAGCUGUGCUCCGCUCCACUAAAGUACGAACCAAGCUGAAGGGAGACGCCAGCUGGUUGCAGCGCCGCGAAGAACCUCAGGCUGAAACUGAGAUGGAGAAGCCAUGGAUGGCAGAAGUUCGAGCCGGACGACUGAACGGAGCUCCUAUUGAAACCAGUCCGGAUUCUUCGCCAGUAAAACCCGCCCCAGCACCUUUAAAAACUGACUCUGAGAGUAAAACACCAAAACCAGGAUACUUGAUCAGAGGCGUUUUCACCAAACUGGACGACAAGCCUGCUUCUUCCAGCGUCUCUAACGGCUCAGUCCCCGCUACAAAACAAUACACCAAAAAAGCCUCAGAGAGCUACAAGAGAAUAGCCCCCCACAUUGUGAGGAACCCUGCACCGUCCCUGGAGGGCGUGCUUAGCCUCGAGGAGCAAGAGAGACGGAAGGAGGCAGCCAGCAGUGUUUUGAAGAGGUCUUCAAUAAAGGAACGGUCCUAUGUGCUUUCUGCUGCCAAGAAAUAUGAGACCAUAGAUGUGUCAGCUGACACGCCACUGGUCAACAGCAGCGCAGCAUUCGUGGCUAAAAGGGUGCGGAUUAUCGGUGAGGAUGAUACUGAUGAGGGUCCUGCGACUCACACACCUGCCAGCACUGUGAAGACCUCCCCUGAUGUUGCUCCCACAUCUGCUGCCUCGGCGCCGGUGCCCAGGCCACGCGUUACAGUCAACACCAGCGUGACAACGGAUGCUGAAGUGGCUGUUACCAAGCCAGUGGCUCCAAAGGUGGUUCAAGUCAGCCCAGGACUUGUAAAAGACCCACUCCCACAGUCUGAGGCACAAAAAGGCCCACUCAAAGAUGUAAAACCAGAUUCCAAAUCGACAGGUGUCACUGAAAGUGUUCAAGCAGCUCCUACAGACUCGCAGGUUGACGAGUCAGACAGGUCUGACGUCCAGACGGUCUCGUUCAUGCCAGAGAACCUGGUAGCACCUGCUCCACAAGCUCCUGCCCCCGUGGCCCUCCCCAUGAUGAAGACAGUGCACAUCACACUGGUGACUGAUCUCGAGCCGGAGCAGGAACCAGAACCAGAACGAGAGCAAGAAGCAGGACCAGAAGCAGAGGCAGAACCAGAGCCAGAGCUAGAACAAGAAGCAGAACCAGAGCUAGAACAAGGAUCAGAACCAGAGCCAGAGUUAGAACAAGAUUCAGAGCCAGAUCCAGAACCAGAACCAGAGUUAAAGCCAGAAUCAGAGCCAGAGCUAGAACAAGAAAUAGAAGCAGAACUAGAACAAGAAAUAGAACCAGAAGCAGAACUAGAACAAGAAUCGGAACCAGAGCCAGAAUCAGAACCAGAGCCAGAGCUAGAACAAGAAACAGAGCAAGAGCUAGAACAAGAACAAGAACCAGAGCCAGAGCCAGAGCCAGAAUCAGAGCCAGAGCCAGAAUCAGAACCAGGACCAGAAUCAGAACCAGAACCUGUGCCAGCGCCAAAGGCAAAAUCACGCUCCACCGGUGACACGCUCGCUGCCUUGUCUGACACCCUCAUUUCUUUUGACACACACUCAUCCAGCUUUGAGAAGGCCAAGACGACUCCGGCGAAGGAGGAAGGAGGAAGCUCAGAGGAGAGCGUUGAACAGGAGCCAGCUCCAGAUCCAACGCUCGGCAAUAGAGAACCAAUAACAGACGAUCUCCUGGGCUUCAGUGAUAGCCCAGAAGAAUCAGCAGAGCCUGUUCCUCCCAGCCCGGGCCGCUGGAGUCAGGAUCUGCUCAGUGAAUUAAGCAGUGCGUCAAACCCAACAAAGCCAGUAAGUGUGCAGAAACUCCUGGCUGAUGAUGUCAUUGUGAUGAAGACAGAGAUUCGCAGCUUCAGCGAGCUGCCAGAGGAGGAAGAGGAGGAGGCGGCGAAGCAGACAGACGAGACAGCUGAGGAAACACAAAGCAACGAGGACAAUGCAGAACUCUGGAGCUCACACGUCACAACCACCACAGUCACUAAAUUCAGCUCGGCUGAUCCGUUUGAUCCGUAUCCGAUAGGGACUGCAUCCCAGAACAGCCCCUCUGACCUGCGCCAGCCUCUCUCAGAUAUUUCCAUCAACAGUUCACCUCAACCAUCCACAGAGGACACUAGUUCAAGUCCAGACUUGACCACGAGCAGUAGCACCCCGACGUCCCUUGCAGACGACGACAUCCCCAUCAACACUGACACCACAAGUUCCAGCUCCCGGCGGUCCUGGAUGCACUCGUGGGAGAUACCCCAGCUGACACAUCACACAGAAGAGAGCCAAGAAGAUGCUGCUGAAGCAGAAGCACAGGAGCCAGCUGAAGAUGAGGAGACGGUGAUCAUGUUUGAAAGAAAGUCCACUGAAAAUGACUCCCCGUGGGACAGAUGGACAUCACCCACCAUUUAUACCAUCAGUGCUCCAGGUGUGGAUGAGGAUGAGGAGGAAGAAAGGCUGGAGGACACACAGACCGUCACUACCAUCACCACUAUCAGGGAGAUCCAGCGAGAACCAGAGCCCGUUCUGGAUCAAUAUGUGGCCAGGACUGUGGUGCAAGCGGAGCAGCGUGACCGAACGCCUGAACCUGAAACCAAAAAGGGGUUUGUUUACGUGAAAGAGUAUGUCAAUACGACGGCGACGUCCUUGCAUAAUGCCAGAGAUACGACUGACGGACAAGACGUUUAUGCUUCCAGCUCCAUCCAUCACUCAUACAGCAGCCCCUCCAGUUACACCAAAGCCUCGCUGUCCUCCACCUGCACGUACUGCGGAGAGCAGGUGGGCAACGAUGCAAAGAUCACCAUCGAGCACCUCAAUAUCAACUGCCACCCCACCUGCUUCAAGUGCGAUAUGUGUCGUAAACCCAUGGGGGACCUCCUCGACAGCAUAUUCCUCCACCACGGGAAAGUCCACUGUGACGACUGCUACUCCACCAUCUAAUA